AUGAAUUUUUGGACACUUAAGAAUAAAUUAAUAUUCGUAUCAAUAGAAACAUUCCCGACACCACAAAGUAACCACUUAAGACGUGUACCCUUACCAGCACCUGACCACGCUGCACCGAGUAAAGAAGCAGCAGAGGUGAGCAAAGUAUUCCGAAUAGCAGCAUAUCGGUCACAGUCGAAAAAGAAAUGAGCUGUAGUUUCUUUUGGAAAACCACAUGCACAAAAAGAGGAAGAAACACAAUUUUUUAAAUAUAAAUCGUAAUUUAAUGUACUAUUAGAUAAUCUCAAACGGGUAUGCAAAAUAGCUGGUAAACGAUCACCUAUAUAAUAUAGCGGAUUGGGAGCUACGAACUUGUGUAGCCGAGUCACACUGUUUUUAAAAAUGGCAAUUGAACGACUAGAACGAAUAGUCGCGAAUAAUCGAUUUUAUUUGAAUGCAGGUCGGCAUACAAAGCAGAAGCUACAUCAGGUUUCGAGUGUUAAUAACCAUACAUUGUGGAAUAAUUGCUUUCAGAAACGUAGGAUUAAGUUUGUCAAAGACUUUCAAGAGAAUGCUUAGGCUUAGUGUGUGUUACUGUCUUAUCCAAAAUUAAACAACUGUUAAUGACAUGAAUAGUUAUUGGUCUUGAUAUUUUGGAACGUACUACAAUUCCACUCCUGAUACCACAGGUUCGUAAAAGAUCACAAUGCUUUAAAGAUGUUAUGACUAACAAAGUAAGAGAAGCAGAAACAGAUUUUCGAUGCAACAACAAAUAGUUCAUUGAAUAUUUAAUUUUGCAAUUUUCGGCCGAGUGUAAUGAGUUCGAGAUGUCAUAUACUUUUUCACAUUGCUUGUGUUCAGUGGCGAAGCCAGAUGUGUCUUGCUUGUCCUGCUGAGCAUGACAUACAAAAUUUCAGAUAAUGAAUUUUUUUGUCCAUAUAAUUUUUGAAAGAAAACGCUUUUAUCCAGUGUUCAUACAUUUUCUUAGCUUUAGCACGUUGCGCAGAAUUUUUGUUAAACAGAGAAAUUCAUUAUGUAAAUUAACAUUAACUUAUUUUAAAUGAAUAUAGAGCCUAGGAAAAAUGGGUGGGGUCUACCAUUACAGUGAACAUAAUCCAAAUGCUAACCCUAACCACUGAUCCUAAGGUUGAUGACAUUUUCUUUUGGUAAUCUCCCCACCUCGGCCUGACCUACCUCCAUUUUAGGGCCAUUACAUUUAUAACUAAAACUUUUGUCCAAUGCUUGUGAUUUUGUCUUCAGUUACAACACAAUACUUUAUUACAUACAAUGGCUGUGCUGUACAACUGCAAUGGAUCAUUUCAUGGUUACCAUGUGUGGAACAGGUGAAAUUGAGGCAUAGUCUAAUUUAACAAACUUCUACUUAAGAAAUAUUUCUUUUAAAAACCUUAUCCUAAAACCCAUCCCUUUUAGAACUUUAGAAUUGCAGCUAUCUUUCGAUAAUGUGCUCUAUUUUAUGAGUAUGACAAGGCAACAUUUUUCUUGCUUAUAGUACCUUCUAGUUAUGUUGAUAUUUGAUUACAAUACUCAAAAUAAUAUUCAAUCCAGUUCCAGUGAAGAUGAGAUGAUAGCAAGCACAUCUUACUAUGACAUAAGAGACUUAAUAAAAGGUGCUACAGAGACCGCCCAUACAUCCACAGAGAAGGCGGUUUCGUCCACACAGAAUGCAUCUUUGUCCACAGAGAAGGCGUCUUUGUCUUCUGAGAUGGUUUCUUCCUUAUCCAAUUCUUCUGAAUGUCUUGCAAGUGAUGUGCAAAUGCUCAGAGAAGUGCUUCCCAACAUAGAUCGUCAGAAAAUUUCAGACACUCUUGUGGCUUCUGGUAUGGAUUUGGAAAAGGCAAUUAAUAAGAUACUAAGUGAAUCAGGUACUGUAUAUAUGCAUAGAGCAUACUUUUACUGCAUUGCAUUUUUGAUGAUCGUCAUCAUCAAAUUACAAUAGAGUUGGGAAUAUAAUAUGGCCAUAAUAAUGAUAAUAAUUUUUGAUAAGAAUUAGUGUUUUUAAUUCUAUUCUAUUAAUUAAAGGUAAGGUACAGUUGGUAUGUAAACAAAGCCUUUGUUUACAUUUCAAUGUUCAAAAUAUUGAACUUCAUUCGACAAUUAUUUAUAUUUUCAUGCUUCUACAGUAUAAAUGAUAAGAUACAACAAUCAGGCUUUGCAAGAACAUAAAAUGAAUUAAAAACCUUUAAAAGUCUUUAAAUAACAUCUUUAAAUAACAUCUAUCUGAAAUUAUUAUCAUAUUACCUAUACUAAUUAAAUUUAUAUAUAAUAUUAAUAAUAAUAAUAAUAAUAAUAAUGGAAACUUUUUAUUAGAUAUUUAUGAUAUACUAUAUAUACAUUCAUAAACCUCAUUUUAUAAUAAAAGGUAGCUUAUCGAUGUCCACUUGAAUUCAAUAUAAAACUAAUAUAUAUAUAUAUAUACAGGUGAGAAUAUUCUAGUUAAAUUCAGUUAAAAGUUUAAAAGUUCCGAUAAUGAUAAUGAUAAUAAUAAUGGAAACUUUAUUUAAUAAUUUUGUUACAUACUAUAUAAACUAUAUACAAUUGUAAAUCUCACUAAUUUAAUGUAACAUACAAUUGGCUAUUUGAAUCACAACUAUAAACUAAUAAAAAUGACAAAACUGAGCACAUGAAAAUAUAUAAAUAUAAAAGACAAUCAGUUAUUUCAAAUAGUUAACAAGUCCGGACUUUCCCAUUCCUUAUUUCGACAGCAGAAAAUGUAAUAAGUACUUUGAAUGACAAUAGUCAUUUCCGAACAUUUCUAAGAAUGUAUUAUUACUUUACAUUAAGUUUUAUUAUAUUUUCUUUUUUGUAGUUUCUUCGUCGGCGUUUUUUCUUUCAUUUGUUCUUUCAGAGCUAUUUGAACGCGAGCUAUUUUCAUUUGAUCUUUCAGAGUUCUUUUUAAUGGCAGCUUUUCCCCCUCUUUCCUGGGUCUUUCGGCGGGCCUUAUUUCGGCGCCUGCGCACCCUUUAAACAGUCCUCCAAUAAAAGUUGGCAGUUCUUUUUUGUAGUUUCUUCGUCGGCGUUUUUACUUUCAUUUGUUCUUUCGGAGCUAUUUCUUGAACGCGAGCUAUUUUCAUUUGAUCUUUCGGAGUUCUUUUUAAUGGCAGCUUUUUUUUUCUCUCUUUCCCGGGCCUUUCGGCGGGCCUUAUUUUGGUGCCUGCGUGCCCUUUAGACAGUCCUCCAAUAAAAGUUGGCAGUUCUUUUUUGUGGUUUCUUCAUCGGCAUUUUUACUUUCAUUUGUUCUUUCGGAGCUAUUUCUUGAAUGCGAGCUAUUUUCAUUUGAUCUGUCGGAGUUCUUUUUAAUGGCAGCUUUUUUUUUCUCUCUUUCCCGGGCCUUUCGGCGGGCCUUAUUUUGGUGCCUGCGUGCCCUUUAGACAGUCCUCCAAUAAAAGUUGGCAGUUCUUUUUUGUGGUUUCUUCAUCGGCAUUUUUACUUUCAUUUGUUCUUUCGGAGCUAUUUCUUGAAUGCGAGCUAUUUUCAUUUGAUCUGUCGGAGUUCUUUUUAAUGGCAGCUUUUUUUUUCUCUCUUUCCCGGGCCUUUCGGCGGGCCUUAUUUUGGUGCCUGCGUGCCCUUUAGACAGUCCUCCAAUAAAAGUUGGCAGUUCUUUUUUGUGGUUUCUUCAUCGGCAUUUUUACUUUCAUUUGUUCUUUCGGAGCUAUUUCUUGAAUGCGAGCUAUUUUCAUUUGAUCUGUCGGAGUUCUUUUUAAUGGCAGCUUUUUUUUUCUCUCUUUCCCGGGCCUUUCGGCGGGCCUUAUUUUGGUGCCUGCGUGCCCUUUAGACAGUCCUCCAAUAAAAGUUGGCAGUUCUUUUUUGUGGUUUCUUCAUCGGCAUUUUUACUUUCAUUUGUUCUUUCGGAGCUAUUUCUUGAAUGCGAGCUAUUUUCAUUUGAUCUGUCGGAGUUCUUUUUAAUGGCAGCUUUUUUUCCCUCUAUAUUACAUUAUAUAUACAGUACAGUGCUAUUAAAAUAGUAUAAUAUCAUCUAAAUGUAUCAUGCAUACCGUAUAUAUAUUAUUUAUGAAGAAAUAAGAUGGAAUUGUACUGGUAUUCAUUUGUUCAAUCUUUGUAUUUCCUUGUUAUAGCUUCAGAAGAAGCUGAACAUAGUCAUGAAGAUGACACUGAUGAUCCAGAGCUGGUAGAGCACCUGGAUGAGCCACUGUCUCAUAGAUUUUUAUUUCCAAGGCAGUUAAUCCUUUUGGUCAGGAACUGGAUAUGUGCCUUGACAGGAACAAGGACAUAUUGGAACAAGCAGUAAGAAAGUACAAACAUCCAUCAUUUGAUACAACAAGGCCCCUCAACGUUGCAUUUCAAGACGAGCCAGGAGUUGAUGCUGGAGGGGUGACAAGAGAGUAUUUUUCUCUUUUAAUGCAGAGGUUGGAGAACCAAACUGGUACCCUUAAGUUGUUUGAGGGUACAAGAGGACACCUGGUUCCAAUGCAUAAUUAUUAUCUGUCAGGAGGGUUAUUUGUUAUGGUUGGAAAGAUGAUUUUGCAUGCUAGUCUAAAUAAAUGCAAUGGCAUGGCAGGAUUAUCUCAAGCAGCAGUUACAUACAUCAUCAGUGGCAGUUGUAAUGCAGUUGUAGAACAUAUUGUGUUGGAUGAUAUUCCUGACCCAGUGAUGUGGGCAUAG